AUUUUGCCAGAUUUGGAAAGAGCAGAGAGCAGACUGUUUGUUCAUAAUUACGGCAGCGGCUACAUCUGCAUGUCGCCGUAUUAGCGGAGCUCGUCUUUUUAGGCCACUCCUGUCCACAAUUUUGGCUUCAAUUUUCAAUAAGGACGGCAGAAAUUUCAAGGCUUUGUACCUUUUUAUUUUUAUUGGAUAGAAAAUUUAUGCCUAAAAAAUUGUGAAAUAGGUUGCGAGUUCGAGACGCUGGAGUGACGCGGCAGCCAGGAGCUUUCUUUGUGAAAUGUGAAAAACGAUCUCUUCUUUAAAAAAUUGCUUGAGAUUCCUGGACAAGGCAGUUUAUGUUAAGAUAAGGUUAAUGAUUUGUGAUUAAGGGCGGCUGUUGACGGACUCGAGAAAAUUUUGCCGGUUUUUCUGAAAUCUGAGGCGUGUUCUUCAAUUGAUGACGUGGAAGGCAACAGAUUGAAGGUUCGGAGUUGUGUUUGGCUUAUUCAGCGUAUUCAGACGAGAGCAAGAUCCACGUGAAUUAAUAGCAAGACAAACUGGAGGCUUUCUCUUUGUAUUAUUGGCUGUAGUUUACAGAGAUUUGCUUGCAGAUUAAAUAAUCAAAGUAUACGUGGAUUAUGUUGUUAAAGGAUCAUUUUUUCCGGAGACAAUUCAUGAAUCCUUUGUUUGAUCAUUGUAACGCAUAGUUUCAGGAUUUCCAAGUGCAAAGAAUUCAACGGCUCGGGAAUUUCGCAAGGUUUCUUCAGGAGCACAGUAGGUCUUUCAUAACGGAGCUAAAAGCUAUUUAUAGGAGAGAAGAUCCUGGAGUCAAAAAGGAGGAGAUACUGUUUCUGCAAGAGGAUUUAUUAUUAUGAGGUGAAAAUUUUCGUAUGCCUUUUCGAGACUGCAAAAGUUUUCAAGAUAAAGAGAGAAUAAGGUUAUAGGAUUCUUUAAAGUGCAGAAAAAGCAAUGGCCGGUAGAUCCUUGGAAAUAUUUAAAGGCAAGCUGCAUCUUGCAAAAGGAUGAAAAUAACCGUGCUUUGACGGUGCUUUGCGAGCUUUGAACAUUUAAAUUUCUCAUCUUCAUCCAGGUUUGAGGAAUUUAAACAGAGCAGAAAUGCAUCUGGAACUGGGUCCCGAUCGCUGCCGGCACCAGCAGAGAGGCGUGCGGAAAGGCACGGCUUCAGCUUCUUCUUCUUACUCUUCUUCUUCUCAUGUUUCGUCCACAGAUCAUCUGGAUCGGCUUCCUGACUCCCUGCUACUGGUAAUCUUCAACAAAAUAGCCGACGUAAAAGCCCUAGGCCGUUGCUGUGCCGUGUCGAGGCGUUUCCACUCCCUGGUUCCGCAGGCGGAAAAUGUUGUUGUAAAAGUCGACUGUGUAAUUUCCGGCGAGGAAAGCAACCUGAGCGGUAGAGGCAGGGGUUUGUUCAGCCAUAUCGUCCGACUCAUGAUUGGCAGCAUCGUGAAGCCGCUGCAGGCCCUGCAGCACCUCAUCGGUCCAAGAAAGGCCAUGUUAGGCCAAGUUUCUCCGCGCUCCCCGGGAGAAAUUUUGAAAAACUUCAAGGAAAUUCAGCACCUGAGAAUCGAGCUCCCUGCCGGAGAGCUCGGCCUCGAGGAAGGAGUUCUUCUCAAAUGGAAGGCCGAAUUCGGAAGCAGUCUCGAAAGCUGUGUCAUAUUAGGCGCGACCUCGAAAGGCUUGAGAAAAUAUUCAAGCCCUAACCCUAAUCAUAGCCCUGACUCCAGUGCCGCUGCUUCAGAUGAUGAAAGCGAAGAACGCGAUGACAACGGCAGCAUUCCGGAGUCGUUUUACACAAACGGAGGCCUCAAACUCCGAGUUGUCUGGACAAUCAGUUCACUCAUUGCGGCCUCGGCAAGGCAUUUCUUACUGCAACAGAUAAUCUGCGACCAUCCUACGCUUCACAGCCUGAUUUUAACUGACGCAGACGGACAGGGAACUCUUUGUUUGGGAAGAGAGCAGCUCAAGAAUUUCCGUCUAAAGCCCUUAGCAGCGUCUGCAUCUUCAAACAGGACUCAAAUUCCUGCCUUAAAUAUGAAGCUGCGGUAUGCACGCAAUUUGGCUCUUCCCGGCGUUGAAAUGAACGGUGCUACGCUGGUCACCAUUAGACCGACUGGUGAUAGCACUUCGACCAGCAAGGAAAGCGAGGGUUUCAUUGCCACUGCUUUCGAUGAAGAAGCAGAAGCUCCUUACAGGGCGGCUGUCGGGGCCCUCUUGAAAAGGAGGACUUAUCUUCUCGAAAUGAAUUCAUUCUGAAAAGUGUGCUGCUUUACCUGUUCUCGCUGUGAUUUGAAACACAGCAAAUUCGAACGGAUCGCCAGGAUUGAUUGAUUGAUGAAAUUAUUUGUCUGUAAACAUGGUGUCUUUCCUGUGUUUUCUUUCUCAGGUUUGUCAUCUCACGGCCAGUGUGUUGUAUCAGCCUCCAUUACAGUUCACUCCGUGCUCUGUGCAGUUGAGGGGUAACGUAUAUUAUACUGUAAACAAGUGAUAAAUAUUAGUUUGCAGCACUUGUGUUUC